CUGCGUAGUACUUUCCAUUUUGUACUGGAGAUCGUAGUUUACAUAUAAGAUUUGACAACUUCAAAAUAUUUUAAAUGUAGAUUUUUUUUGCAAAGAACUUCCAAAUGCAAAGUGCUGCCUGUUGAAAGCUCUGCGUACUGGAUUCUAGCAAGCUUAUGGGGACAUUACGAAAGAGUGUGUUCAAUCUAUUUUAGUAGUGAAUCUACAAGAAACAAGAAACACAGCACGUAACUCUUAAAAAGACGAGUCUGAUUUAUCAACAGUACAAAGCCCGGAACUGGCAGUUUCUCCAAGUUCCUGCUACUAUGUUUGUAGACAGAAGGAAACCAUUUAAAACACCGACAAAAUGGUUCUGUGAUAGCAGCCCACAUGUCAGGCAUUAUACAUGUUCCAAGAUGGAACAAGUAUAUAAUGGAAUUCAUUUCGUAGAGAUUAGAUUCCAUGUGCUUUAUUGCUUCCAUGUUAAACCCAGCAUCCAAAAUCCAGUAUCCGGUCCUGGGAUUCCACACUGAUGAUUUCUUUGGAAAAUUUGGGCAACGAAAGAAUGCCAAAGUUUGUUAGCCAUCUCUCACAACGAUAUUUCUGUGUCCACCAAGUUUAUAUAUGACCAGCCAACUGCGACAGUUUCAAUACAAUCCUAACCACAUCGAUGUCCUAAGACGGAAUGACCUUCAGCUUACAAUAAAAAAAUGACUAUGCACAGAAACAAAAAGUUCUGUUAAUAAAUGAAGAUGUUGAAGACUGGGUCUUUACUUGAUUUCAAAUGGUACCAAUCAAAGAUUGGUUUGGAAAUAUUAUUCUCACUACAACAUGCUGAUGGGUCUCGGAAGGUCUUUGGUUUACUGGAACAGCCAAAUCUGCCAAAGACAGUUUCUGUCAAGGAAGUUGAAUAUAAAAUAUUGUUGGUUGGUAAAACUGGAGUUGGAAAAACGGCUACUGCAGCUAAUCUUACAGGACAUCCUAUUCCAGAGAACCACUACGAAACAACAGGCAUUGAAGUGUUCCGGAAUUACUGGCCCGCCCGUAUACGCCAAUUAAACAAAGUUGUGUUAUUUAAUCUAAAUUUCUGGGAAAGUGGAGAAAUGGCAGCAAAGAAGUUUGACCACAUCCUUCCGGCCUGCAAGGAUGGCAUCGACUGUGUGAUGUUCCUCUUCUCACUCGUUGACAAAAGUAGUUUUGAUGACCUCUCUCAGAUGAUCUGUCGAUUCACAGAACUUGGUGAUGACAUCUGCCGCAUUGCUGUUGGAACCAAAUUUGAUAAAUUCGAUGAGAGCGAAAUCACUCAAAGAGAUAUUGAGAAUUUUGAACAAAAUUGGGAAAUCCCAGUUUUGAAGAUUCAGAAUUUAACAGACACCACUCAGGAAAGGGGAUCAGUGCCUUCUAUUGAAUUAGUGUUGACUACAAUUUGUGAAUAUCUGUGGGCAAGAGAUUUAAGUCUUGCAGCCAAAGGUUCAAAACCUAAAGUAGACAUGGAAUCUGCCCAGGAAAUUGUAUUUUAAGGAACCGAGAAGUAUUUUUUGUUCUGGUAUUUGUUGGGUUUGUAUCCUUGUAUUGGAUACAGAAUAUAAUGAAGCAAAAGGAAAGAUUGUAUAUACAAAACACAUUACUAUUACACGAGACUCAAUGCUCUGUAUGAAAGGCUCACACUGAACUGCUAAUCGCUCAGAGUUUUUUGUUUUAUAACAAUGAGUCAGUCCACCUUUUAGUCACUUGAGGGGUGGUCAGAAUCCUUCCACAACAAUUGACUAACAAAAUGUUAGCAUUGCACUGUCAUCAUCAUUUUACAUUCAUUUUUCUAUGCUUGUAUGGAUCAGAAAUCAAGGCAGAUUUUUAGGGCUGGAUGUGCUUCCUAUUGCCACCCAUCACCUGUUUCCAAGCCAGUUGAUAUUUCCCCACGGAUGGACAUUUUCAUGGAAAAUUGGAAAUGAACAACCCUGCUUGUAUGACAGUGAAACUCAUUUACGACAACCAUGCCAUAUUAAGAUGAGGAAACAUACACACACAUGCAUACAUACAAAAUGGGCUGCUUUCAGUUUCAGUCUACCAAAUCCAUUAUGAAAGCUUUGGCUAACUAAGGGCUAUAGCAGAGGACAAGUGCCAAAAUGAUCAUUCAGAGGAACUGAACCCGAGACCACAUGGUUGGGAAGCAAACUCCUUAACCACAUAGCCAUGCCUGCAUCUAUUAAGAUAUACCCAAUGCCUUAUGUACUCUCUUUACUACAAUCACCAACAAAGGAGCCUUCACAAAGUUGAUGUUCUAGAAAUAACAGCCAAUUCUUCCUUAAACUAGGCUUUAUUAUCUAAAAGAGACGCACACACAUAUAUUGAUAUUCUGGCUGCAACAUGAAAUAGAGAUGAGAUGGACACGGGUUCAACUCCUUGGAUCGUAAUUCUGUCGAAUAAAGGCUGACCUGGGAUGAGACAAAAGCAGGGGCCUUUUGGUGUCCUUUAUUUUUGAGACAACUUUUUCUUUCAUAAAUUUAUGGAUUAGUGGUCUCUCGUCAUCGUCAUCAUUUAACGUCUGCUUUCCAUGCUGGCAUGAGUUGGACGGUUUGAGUGAGGACUGGCAAGUCAAAUCAUCCAACCAAUGCCAGCAUGGAAAGCAGACAUUAAAUGAUGACGAUGAUGACAGACUAGUGAUCCCAAUCAAUCACAUUCCAAAUAGCAAAUUCAAAAGAUCAAACUUCAAAUCCAGUUGACUUUGUAAAUAUUUACUCACUUCUGAAUCAUGAAAUAAAUUUUAAAAAAUAUUAA